AUGGAUAAUUUAAAGCAAGAUCUAUCGCACGAUCAACCCUGCCAUCCGCGUGCUUGCGCCAUCCAAGAUUGCUUGCAGAAAAACUCAUUUGAUGAGUCCAAGUGCCAAGCACAAAUUGAUGCGCUAUACGAAUGCUGCAAUGCCUUUUACCAAGAGCGAGGCGACCAGGCAUCUACAGUCAGCUGCCCUAAGGCGAAUUUGCUGCGGUUGAAGAUGAGACAACGAGCCCAAGCAGCAGAGAAGAAGUGA